AUGGAAUCUACAUUCAACAUCCUCGACGCCAGCAUCGCCGACCUGCAGCACGCCCUGCGCGCAGGAUGGAUCACCAGCGUCGAACUAGUCGCGACAUAUCUCCGCCGCAUCAGCGUCUACGAUGCAUCCGGUCUCCAACUCAGCGCAAUCCCACUCAUCAACCCGACUGUCUUUGACGAAGCGAUGCGUUCUGACGCCAGACGGGCGGCCGGGAUCCUACCCAUCCGACCACUUGAGGGAAUACCUUAUCUGGCGAAAGACAGCAUCAAAGUAAAGGGAAUGACGGUGGCCAGUGGGUCUCCUGCGUUCGAGACGCUGAUCGCAACGGAAGACGCGAAAUGUAUCCAGACGCUUCGCGAUGCGGGGGCGGUCUUGCUCGGAAAGACCAAUAUGCCCGCCAUGGCGUAUGGGGGUAUGCAGCGGGGAUCGUACGGACGGGCUGAGAGUCCGUAUAACAGCGACUAUCUCACAGCAGCGUAUGCAUCGGGUUCGUCAAAUGGGUCGGCCACUGCGACGACGGCGAACUUUUGCGCGUUCAGUCUGGGCAGCGAGACUGUUUCCUCCGGGAGAUCGCCUGCGUCGAAUAAUUCCAUCAUCGCAUAUACGCCGUCCAGAGGAUUACUGCCACUCCGUGGCGUGUGGCCGUUAUAUCCGACGUGCGAUGUAUUAGUGCCUCACACGCGCACGAUAGAGGACAUGUUCACUGUGCUGGACGUGCUGGCCGUGGUGGAUGAGCAUCCCGUCGGCGACUUCUGGAACGAACAGCAACUCAUCCAACUCCCUUCUAUCGAAACCAUCCGACCAAAGCUGUUCAAAGAACUCGCCGACCCAUCCUCGCUCCAUGGAAAACGACUCGGCAUUCCAUCCAUGUUCAUCGGGGGCGUGAAUCCCCUCCCUGACAAAGUGUGUCUACGCCCGUCUAUCUUCAAACUGUGGCAAAAGGCAAAAGCGACACUUGAAGCCUGCGGCGCGACAGUUAUCGAGAUCCCCUCUUUCCCAGCGGUAUCAGCCUACGAAGCAAACGCACACACAGGGAAGCUGGUGACGGUGAAGAACCUCCCUGACGGCUGGAGCGCGGUGGAACGAUGCGAACUCGUCGCGCACGCCUGGGAUGACUUUUUAAAGUACAAUGGGCAGGAGGGGUUGGAUUCUCUCGCGCACGUUGAUCCAGAUAGUAUCUUUCCUCUCGCACCUGGUUCACUAAAGGGAACACCCGAUGCAGCGAACCAAUGCCGAUGGAAGGAAAUGGUGGACUAUCCAGCGAGGAAAUACAAGUCUAUCAACCACAUUCCGAAUCUACAACAAGCGCUGAACGCACUGGAAGACGCACGCAAGGAAACGCUGGAAAACUGGAUGGACGAGAACGACCUCGACGCAGUAGUCUUCCCCGCAAACGGGGAUAUCGGAAAAGCCAACGCAGACACCAACAUCGACUCAUCCAACCACGCCUGGAGUAACGGGGUGAAAUACUCGAAUGGAAACCGGCCUAUUCGACACCUGGGCAUCCCUACGAUUUCCGUCCCGAUGGGAGUGAUGGAGGAUACGGGCAUGCCGGUUAACUUGACGAUUGCUGGAAAAGGAUACGAUGAUGUCAACCUUCUUCGAUAUGGAUAUGCGUUUGAGCAGGCGAUGCAAGGACGGACGAUGCCAUCGCUUGUGCCUGCGCUCGAGUCGGAUAUCGUGCAGAAGAGCAUCUGCCGUCGACUGACGCCUGAUCAAGACUGCAUCGUGGUCAACAAACAGAGCAAGAAUAUUGUGGAUUCGACAGUGCAUCUUGACAUAGAAGGAAGCUCAACCGGUUCGAUGCAAAAGAUGACCUGCUACAUAAACGGCAACUCAGUCGACGCCGCAUUCACCGGAACCUCAUGGACACUAAAAGCCUCAUACCCGACAUCCGCCCGAGACAAAAAAUGGAGCCGAUGGAGCAGUCCGGCAUUGACACAGACAAUUAUCGUGGUGGUGGUGUAUACCGCGGCUGGACCAAUUGGGGGGUUAAUAACGAUGUAG